AUGGUGAGGCUGACGGGCGCACGGCCCGCGGCCGCCCGCCGCUGGGGCUACACUGCCGCUGCCUUCCUCCUCCUCCUCCUCACCGUGCAAGCUGCCCAGAGAGCCGACCUCGGCGGCGACGCCACGGCUGCCACCAUCAACCACUCGCUGACGCUGCUGCAGCGGCUGCAGGAGCUGCUGCAGAACGGCAACAGCAGCGACUCGGUGCUGCGGGUGCGCACGGCUGCCUCCGACGAGGCCAAGGUCUUCCACACCCACCAGCUGCUGCUCAGCCUCCAGAGCGAGGUCUUUGAGGGCCUCCUGCGCAACCAGAGCGUCGUCACCCUGCACGAGCCCCCCGAGACCGCCGCGCUCUUCGAGAAGUUCAUCAGGUACCUGUACUGCGGGGGGGUCUCCAUCCUGCUGCACCAGGCCAUCCCCAUGCACCAGCUGGCCAGCAAGUACCGGGUGUGGGGGCUGCAGCGCGGCGUGGCCGACUACAUGAAGAGCCACCUGGCCAGCGAGUCGAGCCAGGGCCACGUGGUGGGCUGGUACCACUACGCCGUGCGCGUCGGGGACGCGGCGCUGCAGGAGAGCUGCCUCCAGUUCCUGGCCUGGAACCUGUCGGCCGUGCUGGGCAGCGCCGAGUGGGCUUCGGUCAGCGUGGAGCUGCUGCUGCUGCUGCUGGAGCGCUCCGACCUGGUGCUGCACAGCGAGCUGGAGCUCUACACCGCCGUGGAGAGCUGGCUGAGCCGGCGGCAGCCCGAGGACGCGGUGGCCGAGCGGGUGCUGCGCGCCAUCCGCUACCCCAUGAUCGCGCCCAGCCAGCUGUUCCGGCUGCAGGCGCAGUCGGCGGUGCUGGCGCGGCACCACGGCGCGGUGCGGGACCUGCUCUUCCAGGCCUUCCAGUUCCACGCCGCCUCCCCCCUGCACUUCGCCAAGUACUUCGACGUCAACUGCAGCAUGUUCCUGCCCCGCAACUACCUCGCGCCCAGCUGGGGCUCCCAGUGGGUCAUCAACAACCCGGCGCGGGACGACCGCAGCACCAGCUUCCAGACCCAGCUGGGGCCCAGCAGCCACGACGCCGGCAAGAGGCUGACCUGGAACGCGCUCUUCUCGCCGCGCUGGCUGCCCGUCAGCCUGCGCCCCGUCUACUCGGACUCGGUGUCGGGCGCCGUCCAGGCGGCGCGCAUCGAGGACGGCCGCCCGCGCCUCGUCGUCACCCCGGCCAUGAGCAGCCCCGACUUCGCCGGCGUCAGCUUCCAGAAGACGGUGCUGGUGGGCGUGCGGCAGCAGGGCCGCGUCUUGGUCAAGCACGCCUACAGCUUCCACCAGAGCUCGGACGAGGCGGCCGACUUCCUCGCCCACGCCGACCUGCAGAAGCGCACCUCCGAGUACCUCAUCGACAACUCCCUGCACCUACACAUCAUCAUCAAGCCCGUCUACCACUCCCUCAUCAAGGCCAAGAAAUAG